AUGCGACGCUUUAAAGUUAUCCGGUGGUUUCUCGGACUUUCAGUUUUGACUUGUGUUGGUGGAAAACUUGGGUUAGAAUCUUCCGCUAAUGAUACUGAAACUUCUUACAAUUUUCCGUGGUCGGAAAAUGUUCCAAAGCUGGAAUUCACAACUUCAAAACCGAGGAAUUUGUCAAACUUUGUGAAAGAAGAAGUCCGUAAAGGAAGGAUACCCGAACAACUUAUACCGUUUGUGAACUUGACUGCAGUGGAAGAAUUGAAGAAGGAGCAUAAUGAUACCCUGGACUUCAUUAUCCGAGAUGAAGACGUUGCAGAUAUCCCUGAUGACGAUGACGUGGAACAUCGAAAAGUGAAUACUUUGACUCAUGAUGGCAACAAAACUAUCAUAACUGUUUCGGAUGAAGCUAGAGAUGAUCUUUAUAAACAUUGGAUGGAUCAAAGUUUAUCUGGAUUGAUGGGCGCAGUGGUAACUAAUGUAAUCAACAAACGAAAGAUGACAAGAGCUGAGAAAAAGCAGCAUUACACUUGUAUCCACGCUUCCAAGAAUGUGACGGCUCACGCGAAAUGUGUGGUUACUGUACUCGACCAGUUGAAGAAGAGAAAUGAGAAACUGAAGAUGUACAGUAAUCGAUCAGUGAAAUUAAAUUCUCAUCGAAAGCGUAGUCGUGUCGAUAAUGACGCCUUCAAAACUGCUUUGAAUCAUUAUGAUGAGUAUGUGAAGUCUGGUGGAGAAGAGUUUCGAGUCAAGAGAGGUUCUGGAUUCACGCUAUUCGAUGAAAUGGAGAACAAGAGACAGGCGGCGAUCAGGAACAAUGUACAGACAAAGAAGUCGUAUACUAUCAGGGAGAAUAAGAGCCUGUCACCGUUGGCGUUGAUAGCGAGGAAGUUGACAGAGUUGGUGAGAGCCGGGAAGAAUAAGAAAGAACCUCCCAAAAGAUGGCAAGAUGUAAUCCAAGACAUCAAAGAGGAAAGCACCCGAAUCAAGGGAAAAAAACGAAACAAAGAGCGAAUGAAACGGAAAUUUUCAAAAUUUGUGAACACGAUGCGACAGACUGGACUGAAUCCAGACAAGGCGAUGCAGAGUAUCGGAAUGGAAGAUUUAUUUGCCGACGAACCGAUUCUAAGCGAAAAGGAACAGGAUGCCAAAGAUGCGAGGGAACUGAUGGCGACGAUGAGUCCAGAUGAUAAGAUUUUGAAUGAACCGAUCAAGUUGAUUAGGCAAGCUAUCAAAAUCGGAAUGAUGGCGGCGGGCAAAAAGGAGGAUGCGAAUGCAUUGGACGACAAGAAGAUUGCCCUUUUAUCACCGCAAUUUAUGAGCAUACUUCCAGAUGAAGUGGCCAAUGAUACGGUAUCACUCCUCUCCCCUUCCAUUUUAUCUCUUCAUGGAGAAGGAUCUCAGACGGAUCGAGAAAUCAGUCUCACCAAGGCAUUAAAACUAAUGGAAGAUACCGGACAAGAAGAAUGGAUGAAUUUUGUUCUCGAAGCUUCCGGAGUCACGGAAACCGUUGAUAGGCUGAGAAAAGCUGAAAAGGAGGAAGAAGAUAAGGAGAGGAUGAGAGAUUUCACUGAUAAAGACGGGAAGCCUCUGUACUUUUCGAAGGAGAAUGCAACACAGAUCUAUGGAGAAUAUGAAGCAGGCAAACUGGAUUUAUUGGAUGGGUUUUAUAAGUCACUGUCGGCAGAGCAGAUGCAAUCCAUGAACAAAACUGGGUAUACUGUAAUGGAUGACAAGCAGUUGGAAGCUAUUUAUGGUCCGAAUUCUCCGUUUAAUAACUCAGAAGCACUUGAGAAGUUCCGAGGGAUUCCUCCAGAAAGUAUGCCUGAUAGAAUUGAGGAAAAUAUUCGCUUGAUUGCCAAUGAGGAGAUGAAGUUUGAGGUUUCCAGAAAGAAAGACCUUGUUCUGAUGCCUGUCCUCCUCACAUCCUUCGUUGGGGUGCCUGAAACAGCAUCUCAAUCCAUUAUCCUAUCCCCUCUACUAUUAGCUCCAUUGAUCUUCUCUCCUUCCAUUUAUGGAAAUGUCAUUCUGUCCCCAUGGGUGUUCGUCCCCGUUCUAGUCAGUCCACGUAUCCUUGGAGCCGUCGUCCUAUCUCCCAUCGUCUUCUCUCCAGUUAUCCUCUCACCACUCUGUCUUGUUCCAGUCAUCCUUUCACCUGGCAUCGGGCUCCCAUUCGUUCUCUCUCCAUUUGUUUUGACCCCUUUCAUCCUAUCUCCUGUUGCUCUUACUCCGAUUAUUUUGUCUCCAUUUGCAUUGUCUCCGUUUAUUGGAGUCCCUAAUUUACUCACUCCAAUCAUUUUAUCUCCAUUUGUAUUAUCACCACUGAUUCUCUCCCCUCCGUAUGUAUCCGCUUUCGUCUUGAAUCCAUAUGCCCUUUCCCCGGCGGUUAUGUCAAAUGGAGCACUUUUUACAGCGGUUCUGUCUCCAAGAAUCGUCACGAAAAUGUUGAGACGAAGCAAACGGCUCGCCGGAAUCCCUGCCGAAGAACCCAAAGAACAGUCGAUCAAACAUCGAGUGAGUCUGACUUCUGACACGAUAAACGCGAACCGUGGUGAUUUGGAAAAGACGAGGAAAGAGUUGGAAGAAUGCAAGCUAAAACUUAAGGUGGAAAUCUUGAAAAAUGAGCAAUUGGAGCUUUCGGAAGGACGUCACAAAGCAGAACAACAAUCUUUGACGUUUCAACUCAAUUGUCAAAAGGAAAUGCGUGAAAAAGAAACGAAGGAACUGCAUCGUGUGCUCAAUGAAUAUAUGAAAGAAUUAAAACAUCUUCGGGAUCGAUACAAAGACUUGAGUGAGGAAAUCGAUGGCAACAAAAUGAUUCAAAAACUCCGGCAAACUAGUGGAUUUUGGCGAGAACGUGUACAAGGUCUGAGAAAGCAACUAGUAGCCAAGGAAGAACGGAAAAAUGGGGAGCCGUUGGAAUGGAGAAUCUGCGAGAUUUGUCUGCGGGAAUAUGGUCAAGAGGAAGACCGCACUCCGAGAAUUCUGGGUUGCGGACACACUCUCUGCUUUGAAUGCUGCAAAAUGAUUGCCCAUCCGGAUUAUCUGCAGUGCCCAUUCGAUCGGCUCGUCACUCGUCUCCAUGGAAAACCAAUCGAUAGUCUCCCGAAGAAUUUCCUUGUUCUCAAUAUGUAA